AUGGACACCUCCAGUGGUGCCCGGGUGGUGAAGCCUUCCUCAGGCUUGUCAAAGGGGCGCACUGCCAAACAGGCCCACCCCGCUGAGAUGGCCCGAAUGGGCAGCACUGAAAACGACAAUCACGGUUCCUCCUAUAAUGAGAAAUCAGAGGGUAAGAAGAAAGGACGCCCUCGCGUGGAGGUGCAGGAGCUGCGCAUUAUUCCCGCCCAUAUGAUGGUUCAGUGGAAAGAGGAGUUUAAGAGUCGUUCCAGGGUGAAAUGUCCAUGCUCAGGCUGCUGGUUGGAAUUCCCCAGUAUUUACGGACUUAAAUAUCACUAUCAGCGAUGCCAAGGGGCGACUAUAGCAGAGAAGCUGAGUCACAGAUGCCCGUGCUGUGAGGCUGUGUUUGCCACCAAGGUACGUCUUCAGAAGCACAAGCUGUGGAACCACCCAGAAAGGGUCACCAUGGAGACCAAGUCCGGGGUCACCAAAUCUAAUCCCAAGUCCGAACCCAAACAACAGAAAAGCCCUGUGAAGGGAAAUGCCAAAAAAAGGCCCACAGAGAACAGCCCUCCAUCACCCUUAAUUGUCAAGGUGAAGAAGACCCAGGAGGUGUCUCAGCCCUCUCAGAAUGGGGAGUGCGCCCCCCUGAGGCCGGACAGGAAACAGCAGCAGGGGACGUCCGUAGACACUGGGGACAGUGAGAGCGAGGGGGGCAGUCUACCCCCACCCUUCCCUGAGGAGGACCCUGAGAGAAUGAAGCACAGGAGGAAGCAGAAAACUCCAAAGAAGUUCACCGGGGAGCAGCCGUCUAUUUCAGGAACAUUCGGUUUGAAAGGAAUGAAUAAGGUGGAGGAGAAGUUGAAAGCAGGUCGGAUGAAGAGGGCGGAAGGGGCUCUGUUCACCAAGGAGUCCCGGAGGAAGCAGUCAGUUCAAGCUCCCACCAGAAAAGAGACUGCUGCUAUCAGUUCAGUUCCCCCUGCUGAAGCCCAGUGGCAGAACACCAUCUCUGAGAGAGGGGAAGUGGUCUGUCCCACCUGCUCUGUUGUCACUCGCAAGACCGUCCACGGUCUCAAGAAGCACAUGGAGAUCUGUCAGAAGCUGCGGGACGCUCUCAAAUGUCAGCAGUGUCAGAAACAGUUCCGAUCAAAAGCUGGACUCAAUUACCACAGCAUGGCUGACCACGUUAAGGGCUGUUCAGCUCAUUUCUCCAAUCUGAUGGGUUAUCAGUAUCAUCAGAAACGCUGUGGCAGAGAGCUACCAGACGGACAGAAGCCUGUCUUCCUGUGCCAGCACUGUGGUAAGACAUAUCGCUCAAAAGCUGGCCGUGACUACCACCUGCGCACCGAGCACCCCAUCACUGCCCUGUCCACACACUCGCUCACAGCUGAGGACUGGAAACAGGAAGACAGUAAAGAUGAGGAGGAUGUGCUGGAGGACGAAGAAGAGGAGGAGGAGGAGGAGGAGGAAGAAGAGGAAGAGCCUGUGCAGAAGAAGGGCAGAGAGAAGUCAAAGGAGAGAGUAGACGAACCGGUGGAGAAGAUGGAGCAGAGGAAGGAGGAGAAAACAGAGAUGGAGGAGCUGCUGGAUUUGGAGAGGACGCCCAGUGGCAGGGUGCGCCGGCGCUCGGCUCAGGUGGCGGUGUUUCACCUGCAGGAGAUCGCAGAGGACGAGCUGGCCAAAGACUGGGGCACCAAACGACGCAUCAAAGAUGACCUCGUACCAGACAUCAAGAGGCUCAACUAUACACGACCAGGCCUUCCCAACUUUAGCCCAGAAACUGUGAACAGCUGGAAGAACGAGGUGAAGGAGAAAGGAUUUAUCUGCUGCCCCAAUUGUAACUGUGAGGCUAUCUACUCAAGUGUAUCUGGACUUAAAGCACACUUGGCAAGCUGUAACAAGGGAGGGGGCGACGUAGGGAAGUACACUUGUUUGCUCUGUCAGAAGGAGUUUAACUCUGAGAGCGGCGUGAAGUACCAUAUCAGCAAGACACACUCUCAGAACUGGUUUCGGGCAUCUACCAAUGAGGUGACUAACAACAAGAAAAAAGAGCCAGAGAGCAAUGGCUUACAGAAGGACAUGAAAAACGUAGUGCCUGGGAAGAGGAGGGGACGAAAGCCCAAAGAGCACCACCUGGUGACAGCCUUCUUUCCAGCAGAGACUCAGAGCUUCAGCUCUGCUCCACCCCAGACCGUAAGCCCAGCCCCAGAAAGCCAAACCCUCACACCCAACCCCGUCACCAACACCCCAACCACUCCCCCUUCCCCAGUGGACAGUGUGAAUCCAGCCCACGCCAGAGACACACAGCCCCCUAGAAAGAAACGAGGCAAAACUAAGAAAGCGUCGACCACUGAGUAACACGGCUUUUACUCCGUCAACACCAGAAGGGAUGCUUUCCGAACUUCUCCGGAUAAAUCUUUAGUCAAUUCGGUCAUGGAAAUGAAGGAUGGCACAGAAGAACAAGCUCGGAAAGAUGAAUGGCAGAACAAGGGGAUGAAAUACAGCAGAAAACAACAAUGAUUUGCUCUUGUAUUGUUUUCACACUGAUCUUUGUGUUUUUUAAGCCGAGUAUAUACAUUAUGUGUGUGCUUGUGUAUACUUAUAUAUAUUACUCCUGUUGUUUUUUCAUUCCAUUUUUAUAGUUGAUUUUAAUAAGUUGUUCACUCUA